CCGAGGAAAACGUUGCGCAGGUUCAAAAAUGGAACGUCGGCGGCGUGAGGGAGCGCGAGGGGGUGUGCGCGCGUGCGCGUGCGCGUGCGCGCCCGGGCGAGGGUGACGGGGACCCCGCCGGCCCGAGCAUCGCGCGCCGCAGCCGCGGCCCCGCAGCUCCGCCCCCGGCCCGGCCCGGCCCGGCCCCGGGCCCGCUCACCCGCCGCCCCGCAUGGAGCUGUCAGCCAUCGGCGAGCAGGUGUUCGCCGUAGAGAGCAUCCGGAAGAAGCGCGUGCGGAAGGGUAAAGUUGAAUAUCUGGUGAAGUGGAAAGGAUGGCCCCCAAAGUACAGCACGUGGGAGCCGGAGGAGCACAUCCUGGACCCCCGCCUGGUCAUGGCCUAUGAGGAGAAGGAGGAGAGAGACCGAGCGUCGGGGUAUAGGAAGAGAGGCCCGAAACCCAAGCGGCUUCUGCUGCAGCGGCUGUACAGCAUGGACCUGCGGAGCUCCCACAAGGCCAAGGGCAAGGAGAAGCUCUGCUUCUCCCUGACGCGCCCACUCGGCAGCGGGAGCCCCGAGGGGGUGGUCAAGGCAGGGGCGCCCGAGCUGGUGGACAAGGGCCCCUUGGUGCCCACCCUGCCCUUCCCGCUCCGCAAGCCCCGCAAGGCCCACAAGUACCUGCGGCUCUCACGCAAGAAGUUCCCGCCCCGCGGGCCCAACCUGGAGAGUCACAGCCAUCGACGGGAGCUCUUCCUGCAGGAGUCACCGGCCCCGGACGUCCUGCAGGCGGCCAGCGAGUGGGAGCCUGCUGAGCGGCCCCCCGAAGAGGAGGAUGCAGAUCUGGCCGAGGGGCCCCCUUCCUGGACACCCACGCUCCCCUCAAGUGAAGUGACAGUGACCGAUAUCACCGCCAACUCCAUCACCGUCACCUUCCGCGAGGCCCAGGCAGCUGAGGGCUUCUUCCGAGACCGCAGCGGGAAGUUCUGAAUCACCAUUUUUACUCUUCUUAAACUGUUUUCUUUUGGGCUUGGGGUGGGGACUUCCAGAAACCGGGUGGGGUUGGGGUGGGAUAAUUAUUUUAUUUAAAAAAAGCAUUGACCUGGAGAAGGGGGGAGGAUUCCCGACACUCUCCCACUGCCCCGCCCCUUUCUCUGCACGGACGUUUACAGAGCAGCCCCCGCUCUGUGUCGGGGCUGGGCCUGGGGAGGCUUGGCACUGCUCUGUCACUUGGGGUACCAUCUCCAGGGUAGGAUGGGGACGGGGCCAGCCUCCCCCGCACACCUCCAUCACCAUUCUUCUCUAGAGAGACAGCAGCUGGUCCCCGGGCCUAAAGGAGGUUGGGAAGGCCUGAACCCACCCCUUGAGCAGCCCACCCCAGCCUUUCUGGUUGGUUUCCCCUUUUCCUUUGUGUGUGUGUGUUUGAGGAGGGAUCUUUAUUUUUAACUUUCCACUCCAGCUUUGCCGGGGGGAGGAAUACGGAGGCUGGCUUUGACCAGAAGUGACUGGGUCAGAGAGCGAAGGGGCCAGGAAGGGUCUGAGAUUGCCGGGCGCGUCCCAUCCCUUCAGAAAGGUCUCUCCCUUCCCCUGGGGGCAGCUGCCAGCUCAGCCCCUUCUGCUGAGAGCUACCCACUCCCAUCGCCUGGCCUGUGAAAACUGCUCACUUGCACACCCAGCCUCGCAGGUGUGUGCACACUGCGCCUCGGGGCCCUCGUGAGUGCAUGCGCAUGUCCGCAGAUGCAGCGGGUCUCGCAAACCUCCUGAGCAGGUGAAUUGGGGGGUGAUUGACAGCACAAAAGAGCUUGCCAUAGGCACCCCCCACUCACCCCACCUUACACGGCACUUCACCUGACAGGAUCUGUCCAACUCAGUGUGGAGAGGUGUCAGUGGAGGGCAAGGGUCCGACCAGGGGCAGCCAGGCGGCCUCCGAUGCUCCAGGCGUGCCGAUGCAGUCUUGUGGUUUCACCUGGCCACGCCGCAGGCGUGUGCGCAUGUGCAGGUGUGCCGUGCCCCAGCGUGAGCUCUGAUGCUCUGAGGCACUUGGGCCCUGUCCCCAUCACCCACCCCACCCCUAGGGCUCCUGUUUUCUCUGACUCAGGUGACUUUCCAGCCCUUCCCUCUCCCCUCUUUUUCUGCCCUCCCCUCCAGCUCAGCCAACCAGACGUGGGUGUGGGUGGUCAGGGAGGGAGGGAGCGUCCCACCACCUUCUCAGGGCAGCCCUCGACUCCUGACACCCUUCCUCCUUCCAUCCUGGGUCUCCUCCCUUCCACCCUCAAUGCUGCAGCUGGGACUGACCUUGUUUCCCUGUGGCGGGACCUCUGCCGUGUCUUCCUGUGGUCGGGCUGUAGUGGAUGGUGGGUCAGGGCGGGCACAAGCCCCCCCCCCCGCCGGCAGGGGCCUGUGUCUGCCCGAGGAGGGGGCGCUCUGUUUCUAGUUUGCACAGAUGUGCCCUGUGGGCCAGUGGCUUCCCUGGCAGUGAGGAGCGACUUCUCCCCUCGCCUGGUCCUAUAGGGGAGAAAAAGCCAGAUUGGGGGGUGAGUACCAGGGGAGCAAGUGAAAGGCCGUCUCCCCACGGUCAGACCAGGCACUCAGGUCCCUCCCUCAGGGCUGUCUCCACGCUCUGCUUUGUCCUGAGGAAGUGGGCCGACUCCUGCUGAGGCUCCGAUAGGGCAGUUCUUCCCCCAGACCCCUUCUUCCCAAGUUCCCAAACCAAAGACAGCCUGCGCCCCGUUUUUGUUUGGGGUGCCUUGCUGGCAAGAUCCCAGAUCCCUUAGUGUCUGUCUCCCCUUCCUCCUUAACCUUUCCUUGUCCAGGGUCAAUUCAGUGCUUCCACUGGGGGAUGGCGUCCCCCCCCCCACCCCCCACAUGACUUGAUCACCCGAAGCCUGGGGGGUACGUCUAGAGGAGUAUGUGGGGGUGGACCAGGGAAAGGAGGGGCAGUGGGGAACCCGCCUGCCCAGCUGUGGGACCCUGGGUAGGGGAAGGGCGGCCUGAGUGGGAGGCUGUCCCAGGUCAGGGCCUCCCAGCAGAGGGGAGGAUGGCGGGCAGGGGCCUCGCUCUAACCGAAGACUGUGGGCCCUGGCAGCUUCCCAUAGAAGUCACACUCCCUAUCCCCCUGGGGGACACGUGGCCUCCUCCUGCCUCACUUUGAAGAGCUGUUGUGUAGGUUGCAGGUUUGCGGGGCUCUCUCGUGCCACGAGGCAGCUGCAGCAGAGGGACACGCCUCGCCCCCCCUCAGGCCUUCACGCCCUGCUCUCUGCAGGGCAGAACCCUGGGAGCCGAGGCUCCCCAGGGGAAGGGCUGCGGGCUGUUAGGACCUUCCUGUCCAGGGCCCAGGACAGAGACCUCUAUGAGGGGCUGCCGUCGUCUUACAGGACUCCUCCAGCCCUGAGCAUCCCAGCAGGGCUUGGGGUGAGAGGGGGCAAGGCGAGCACGACCUCCCACCCCACCCCCACCCGAGAAGGCCAGUACUCACUUGGGGGGGCGUUGUAAAAGUUGGACCACCUGCCUUUCCUUCCCCCAGCCCCACCUGUUGUGAAUGUCGAGAGACCGGUGGGUUCUUUUCUUUAGCUGUGGGGUGGGGCAAGGAGCAUGGUCUCCGCCCCGGCACGGCCACCGGAGGAGCACCACCCUUGGGAUGGUGGUACCAUCUCCAGCUUCCUCCUGGCUCCUGCCCUGGGGGAGGGCGCUUUGCUUGUCAGGUGGUUUCGCUUUUGCUUUAUAACUUGCCAGCCUGGCCUAUGGGUCUCCGCACAAGAACGCUUCCUUUGCACAGAAUGAGCAUCGAGCUUUGUUCAGACUAAAUGAAUGUAUUUGGGAGGGGUUGGGGGCGCGAGUCGAUUCCAAGCACAUGCCUUUUCCGAGUGAGUGUGUGCGGCGAGAGCUAGAGCAGAUGCAGAGCGUGGUUUUAUUUUUGUACUGAUAUUGGUAAGAGACUGUAUAGCAUCUAUUUAUUUAGAUGAUUUAUCUGGUAAAUGAGGCAAAAAAUUAUUAAAACUACAUUAAAGAUGAUUUUAAAAAAAAAAAGCUCUUGGGCACCCGAUCGUUGCUUGUGAUGGCGUCACAGCUGUGCCAAGGAAAGAGCUGCAGCCCUGGGGGCGAGCCCUCCAGGCCUCCCAGACGCCCCCAGAGCCAUCUUGGCAGUGCACUGGGCUGACGCCAGGCGUCCUUGUCAGCUUGUCAAAUCCUGAGACGUGGAGGUGCUCUCAUGUCCAUACAUUCUCCCUGUCUGGAUAAUUUUUCCCUCUAAGUCUCAAACCCUCAAAUCCAGCCCCACACAUGGUCUCAACACCCCUGUUCAUGAGUAUCAGUGGGUCUUGAAAUCCUUCGGGUGGGUAAGUUAUUUCCUUCUGGGGAAGGAGUGUGUUUCCCUGCCUGGUCAAAGCUGGGAUGAGGAUGGGGAGCUGGAAGAAGGAAAAGUGUGAUCUUGAGGGGCAUCUGCCUCGGGUGAGGCCCUUUACGUGGUCAACAGGUGGCCAACAGUCUUCCAGUGCCAGCCAGAGGGGUCAGGGGAUUCCAGUGGUCACGAUUCUUAGACCCUUUGUCCCUGAUGUUUUCAUCCCAGGGCUUCGGGUUCUGCUUCUUGCCUGUUGACCCUCAACUUAGCAUAGGAGGCCCGUGAGGCUAUGUGUUCAGUCUCCUUUGCAGCUCUGCCUCUCUUACAACUAAAUAUCCAGCCCCACAGCCAGCAGGAUAUGCCCCAGGGCUGCGGGAGGUCAGGGGCUCUUUAAACACUCUGCUAAAUAAAAUACAGAACAACAUGAUUGAUAUACAUUAUGGAAAAUAACUAUACUUUCUGUUGAGGCUCGAGCACGGGUUGGAAAAGAAUUUCCAGACACACGGCAGGAUAUAAGGAAGAUAGAGUUUAUUAGAGAGAAGGGAUGCUGUAAAGACAGCGGGACGACUUCCUGGCAGACCAGGGAGAGCCGACCUUUUCGUGGGCUUGCAGCCAAUUUUUUGUGUCUUGUAUCCUCAAGACAAAGAAAAUUCCUGCUAGGAAAAUGGCGUGAAUUGAUUGGUCAGUACGUCACAAGGCAAAGGGUGUCAUUAGGUGGUUGAUCAGGUUGCUAAAUGUUGGAUGCUGUACCUAGUAAGGAGUUGGGGGGGUGCUCUAUUCAGCCAAGGUCUUGGGUGAGGGGGGAGCUGUUCAGCCAAGGUCAAGAGAGGCCUCGCCGACAGCUGCUAUGGGACUCAGUGCAGGGGCUUCUUUUGUUCUGUGUAUUUGACAUAGGUCUCCACACUUUGCAAAGCAGAACAAACCUAGAAGAGGCCCCCUGGCUUUCCCAGCACAGCCUGAGGUGAUAGUGGGCGGGCCUGGGGCUGCUGUUUUCUUUACUCAGGCUUUCACCCUGAGCCGACUCCGUGCUCAGGGCUGGCGCUAUGGUGUGUCAGUGCUUCGCCGCUGCAGCCUGUCCUGGUGCAGGGCUGUGGUGAGGCCACGGCAUGUCAGGGAUCAUCACAAGGGCCCUUACUGCUGGCUAGCGGGGGAUCCAGGGCCACCUCCCGCCCCGAAGAUCUGCUUCUGAGACCUGUGUGCACGACCUCUUUCGUCGCUUCAGUUGCUGUUAUGGGUUGAGUUGUGUCUCCAGAACCAGCCCCACCCUCCUCACCUCCCAGAAUUCAUAUGCUGAAGUCCUAACUGCCAGUGCUUCAGAAUCCAACUUUAUUUGGAGAUUGAGUCUUUACAGAGAUAAUCAAGUGAAAAUGAUGUCAUUAAGAUGAACCCUAAUCUGAUGCGACUGGUGGGAAAUUUGGGCCCAGAGAGAGACAUAGAAGCAAGGUGAUGAGAAGAGACACGGGGAGAAGAUGGGCAUCUACCAGCCAAGGAGAGAGGCCUGGAACAGAACUCUUACUGCCCUGCCCACACCUUGAUCUUGGACUUCUGGCCUCCAGAACUGUGAGAAAAUAAAUUUCUGUUGUUUAAGCCACACAGUCUUACUUUGUUACAGCAGCCUCCACAAACUACUACCAUAUCCAUGAGAACAGAGUGUGGGACUAGGCUUAGGUGCAGGUGUGAGAUUUUAUUGUGGAAGUGGUCCUAAGGAGCAAGAGUAAGGACUGGGGAGAGAGGGACACGGAAGGAGAAAAAGCCAGGAUAAGAUGUGUCGCUGAGGUCGAUGCCAUGGCUACAGGCUUGAUUCCACCUGGACUUUGUGAGACGCAUUCCAAGGCCCUCCAAGUUGUCCUCCCGGAGGACCAGAGACGGGAGUGUUUCUCCACAGGCUCCUGUCCUUAAUUGGCAAGGAUGCUGGGGCACUGACUGCUUUAUACCUGGGAGCUGUGUUCCUACAAGGGCAUCAGAGGAGUCCACGGGGCAGGAAGUAAAGAUGGGCCGUCCACCCACCAUGGGUAAAAUCAGAGAUGAGGAUGAGAGGACAGGAGCUGGGCAACCAGAAGGAAGAAAAACAUCCAGCCAGUUUUUCAUUCUGAGUUUAAGGUGUUGGUGGGCACAUAAGUGGUAGAUAAAGCCACAGGGGUGAUGGAAGGGGUCCAAGGUCAGGGUUGCUUUGGAAGAGGUGAGAAGGCAGUGGGUAGGUGAGCUCCUGCUGCCUCUUAGUUCCUGCCCUGGGGGGAGUCUGGCCUCUUCCCUGGCAGCUCCUUGAUAACUCCAGUUAGAGAGUGGAGGACUUAGCAGUCCCUGUCCUCAGCUCUGAGCCUUGACCCUGAUUCUGGGUUCCCAGCAAAAGUUGCAUAGGACCCUGAUACAAAUGCACAGCCUGACUCUCAGAUGUGUUACCUGAGCACAGCCUUCUGCGGUGACACCUUUACUGCGUCCACUUUUAUGGGUGGGAAAAACAGAGAGGGUAUGAUUAGCUGUUCCGAGUCCACACAGCCAGGUCAUAGGGAACCAGGAAUUUGAGCCUGUGUCUCAGUACUAAUCUCUGCACAAGCAGUUUUCAGACUUUUUGGUGUCAGAACCAGUUUAUAGUCUUAAAACUUAUUGAGGACUUCCUAGGUGGCACAGUGGUUAAGAAUCUGCCUGCCAAUGCAGGGGACACGGGUUCAAGCCCUGCUCCGGGAAGAUUCCACAUGCCUCAGAGCAAAAAAGCCUGUGCACCACAACUAUUGAGCCCAUGUGCCGCAACUACUGAAGUCCACACGCCUAGAGCCCAUGCUCCGCAACAAGAGAAGCCACAGCAAUGAGGAGCCCGUGCACCACAUUGAAGUGUAGCCCACACUCACCACAACUAGACAAGGCCCAUGUGCAGCAAUGAAGACCCAACACAGCCAAUAAAUAAAUUAAUUAAAUAAAUAAAUUUAUAAACAAAAACAAAACAAACAAAAAAAAACUUAUUG